GUGAAGAAGAAAAGUUUCUCUUGAAGAUUCUAAAAUUUAUUUAAAUAAAAAAGUGAAUUUUAUUGAAAGUGAAAGCUUUUUAGUCUAUUUGGCACAGAAAAAGAGAGAAAUUUCCAAGAAAUUCUGAAAAUGAUGCGAUUUGAAGUUUUGCUGUGCGUCGUAGUUAUUUAUAUAAUGCUCAUAAGCACGCCAAUUCUCGGGUAUCCAACGAGCAACAAUAAUUUAAAGCUGCAUCAAUAUUACAAACGCCCAUUUUGUAAUGCCUUUACGGGUUGUGGCAAGAAACGUUCAUUAGAAGAAAGUCCAAAAACGUUCAAUAACGAGCUCACAUCUGACGAUUCGCUUGCCAGUCUUCUUGAUUUGAACUCCGAGCCUGCCGUUGAAGACCUCAUGAGACAAAUUAUGAGCGAAGCCAAGUUAUGGGAGGCAAUACAAGAAGCUAAUCAUGCCCGUACGUCAUAUAAAGCGGAUUUCAAUCAGCCAACUGUUCGUUUUAGCACACAAUAAUCUCAGAAAAAGUGUCGAUGAGAAACAAAAAAGCGUGAACUUCUAUAUUAAAUAAUUAAAUAUUUAAAUUAAAAAUUUAGUAAAUUAAUGUUAAAUGUGAACAAGACAAGAAAUGUGACUAAAGUGUAUUAAGAAUUUUUUUUGAAUAAA